UGGGGCUGGGGGGGGGGCUCGGGGCCGGGCCAUGGCUGCGCUGCUCAGCACCUACCCCUGGCCGGAGCGGCUGGAGGGGGACGCGGCCGAGGGGCUGCCGCCGGGGCCGCCCCCCCGUUGUCCACCGGGGGAAAAAAGCUCCGAGAGCCGCAUCCGCCGGCCCAUGAACGCUUUCAUGGUGUGGGCGAAGGACGAGAGGAAGCGUCUGGCCGUGCAAAACCCCGACCUGCACAACGCGGAGCUCAGCAAGAUGCUCGGCAAGUCCUGGAAGGCUCUGAGCCUCUCGCAGAAGCGUCCCUACGUGGAGGAGGCCGAGCGGCUGCGGGUGAAGCACAUGCAAGAUUACCCCAACUACAAAUACCGGCCCCGGAGGAAGAAGCAGGUCAAGCGGAUCUGCAAGAGGGCAGACCCCGGGUUUUUGCUGGGCAGCCUGACGCGGGACCAAAACGCGGUGCCGGAGAAGCGGACCUGCGGCCGGGCCGGGGGGGAGAAAGAGGGGCCGGGUGAGUACCCCCCUCGCCCAGGGCUGCCAGCCAUCCGGGGAUACCGGGAGGCCCCGGGCAGCGGCAGCAGCACCAGCGUGGACACCUACCCCUACGGGCUGCCCACCCCCCCCGAGAUGUCUCCGCUGGACGCCAUAGACCCCGAGCAGAGCUUCUUCUCCUCGCCGUGCCCCGACGAGCAUCACCGCUCCCACCUUGCCGGAGCCACCUACUCCCCGGAGUACGCGGGCAGCUCCCUCCCAUGCAACCACCACCCUCUCAGCCCCAUGCCGCAGCCCACCACUUGCAUGAUCCCCCCAGCCUCCAGCUGCCCUGCCCUUCCUCCUCCUCCUCCUCCCAGCUACUACACGCCUGCCUUCCCCUCCCUGCACCCCCCCAGCCUCCAUGCCCACCUGGGCCAGCUCUCCCCGCCGCCCGACCACCACGGCUUUGACACCUUGGACCAGCUGAGCCAAGCCGAGCUCCUGGGGGAGAUGGACCGCAACGAGUUCGACCAGUAUCUCAACAACCCCGGCCAUGGUGACCACCACAGUGGGGUCUUGGUCAAUGGACACGUCCCGGCGGCUGGCAGCUCCCACACCUCUGAGACCAGCCUCAUCUCCGUCCUUGCCGAUGCCACGGCCACCUACUACAAUAACUACAGUGUCUCCUAGACCCCCGGCCGGGGCCGCCUGGACCGGCUGAGGAAGGACCCGACACAGUGUUACGAGGCGUUGCUCCCCGGGGACAUCGCUCGCCGCCCCUCAGGGUGACUGGGUCCGAACCGCGAGGGCCGUGGAGUCUCCUCGGUGGCGUAGGUAAAGGCUUUCAGUCGUUGGCUCACCGCUGGUGCAAAGCCUCAAGUGCCCUGCUCCGAACGGGGCCGGCGGGCAUUUCCCAAUGCCAAAGCCCUCUGGCCUAGCCCCUCUUCCAAGGCAGAGAUGCUCCUGGGAGCGUGGGGAGGCUGCCCUCCAUUUCGGGGCACCCCUAGCUCUGCUUUGGAGUCAGGAGGGCGGCAGCACCCUGAAAACAGCAGGUCUGAAGUCCUGGCAGGAGCAAAACCCUCUGGAUGGGGAAAAGGCAGGGAUGGGGGGAAAAGGGAAGAUUUUGGUAAAAGGGCGCAGGGUCUGCAAGCCGCUCUCGGUUCCUGGUAUCGGUGUUGUUACAGCCACCCUGACCUGCCUGACUGGACCGGCGGGGGUUAAACCUGCCUUGUCCCCCUGUCCCCAGACCAAGAGUUGGGGGCUUCGUCCUCAGAGGGGACACUGGACGUGGGGGAUGCUGCCGGGCUGGCCCCGGGGGUGCGCGGCGGGGGGCUGCAGGGGGGCAGCCGGCCCCGAGGGUGCUCAGCCCGUGCAUUCCGGAGGAGGGUAAGGUCAGGGCUUGGAAGGGCAGGAUCAGGCCAGCAUCCACCCCCACCCAUGGCUUCCCCUUGGCCUCCCAGCCAAAGCGCGCCCGAAGCGGGGGCGGCGUGAGCUGCCCUCCCCGCCGGGCUGGGAGCACGUCCUGGGACGAGCACUUGGGCAAAGAGGUGAUGAUGUAGCACACACGUAUUUUUUUUUUUUUUAUAAAACAUCUUUUGAAGGCAAACGCUUCGCAUUUUGAGCCGCAGUGCCCGAUGCCUCUUCUAACUCCGGCGUAUUAUUGCUUGUAAUAAAGCUGUACAUUGAUUUAUUCCUUCCAUUAUUCCUCCCCUCGGAUUUUGUAUUGCUCGAGUUCUCUUCCUUUUCAUAAAGAUGAAGCUUUAUUUUAAAUCAGUUAUAUGACAUGAUUAAUCUUAGUGUUUACUGUAUGGCACUUGGUAAUGAUUAGUUAGUAGCGCAGCUAUGAUUUUCUGAUUUCAGUCCUGAACGUGUAUUAAUAAUAAUUGCAAAUAAUACUUAAAAAACCCCACAACUUCACAGGUUUUUAAGCUAAUACAUUCCAUCUUUUUUGUGUGACUCUAUGCAUUUUGAAUGAGUGUAGAUAUGAGUUUGCAUAAAAUAUUUAAUUUAAAUAAAUAUGUUUUUAUACGAUGAUUGUUUUAUGAUUUAAAUUGCUGUAGCUAUUGACAAAGUUUUCAAAACAGAAACAUUUCCUGUGUGAGUGCUAUUUUUUUAGUUUGUUUUUUUUUUUGUUGGUAUUUUCAGCCAAACUUUUCUACUUCCAUUUUUUUAAAAUAAAACAGAUCUGUGGUUA